AUGUCCUUGGAGGCCAUAAAAUUUGAUAGAAGUGAGCCACGUCAUGUGUCAGUCAAGGUGCUAGAUCAGUUGCUACUUCCAUAUACUACCAAAUACAUACCGAUCUACACGAUUGAUGAUGGUUACUCUGUGAUCAAAACGAUGCAAGUCAGAGGAGCUCCAGCAAUUGCUAUAGUGGGGACCUUAUCCGUUCUUACAGAAGUACAAUUAUUGCAAUCGGAAAGUUAUACCAAAUCUCAAUGGUUUUAUGAUCUAACCAACUGGGAAAGUGUUCGUGAGAGGCUCUUACAAAGAAUCGAUUAUUUACUGAGCAGCAGACCAACGGCAGUGAAUCUUUACAACUCUAUUAAAGAUAUUCGCAUUUUAGUGGGGGAAUCACAGAGGUUGCAGGCCCUAGAUGAGAAAUUAUUUGCGUACACUUGCCAACUUAUUGACCAGGAUUUGUUGAACAACAUGAAGAUGGGUGAUAAUGGUGCUUCGUUUCUUUUAAACGAUUUGCAAGAGGAAGGCUUUGAAGGAGAUUUUGCGGUUCUAACCAUCUGCAACACAGGUUCCUUGGCCACAUCUGGAUAUGGUACUGCACUGGGUGUCAUUCGCUCGCUAUGGAAGGAUUCUAUGGUCAAGUCGAAAUCUAGCGGCUCUAAAAAAGCUAAAAUAUCAAACUCUAAUUCUAAACUCACACAUGUCUUCCCAUUAGAGACAAGACCGUACAAUCAAGGUUCAAGGCUAACAGCUUACGAACUAGUACACGAUCAAAUUCCAGCGACUUUGAUCACAGACAGUUCUAUUGCUUACAAGAUCAAGACUAGUCCUAUUCCAGUGAAGGCCGCCUUUGUUGGUGCAGAUAGAAUUGUUCGUAAUGGUGACACAGCUAAUAAGAUUGGUACUUUCCAAUUAGCAGUCAUUUGCAAACAAUUUGGUAUUAAAUUUUUCGUUGUAGCACCAAAGACUACCAUCGAUGGUGUGACUGAAACAGGUGAUGGAAUCAUCGUUGAGCAAAGGAAACCAAAUGAAUUUAGACUGGUCACAGGUACGGCCAUCGAUCCAGAGACAGAAUUACCCAUCAGAUCCAAGAAUACGAAUGAGCUACAAUCUGCUAAAGUGGGAAUCGCACCACCUGAUAUCGAUGUAUGGAAUCCCUCAUUUGAUGUGACACCACACGAAUUUAUCGAUGGUAUAAUCACGGAAGAAGGUGUUUUUACUAAGGGCUCUGAUCAAACUUUCAAACUGGACUCCCUUUUUUAA